UUUGUUGUUGAUGGUGGCGGGAUCAUUGUGAAGGGAAAUACGCUGAGUACGAUAGAGAAUAACGGCGUAGAAUCAUCUGUCUAUGUUUACGCUGUUGACGUGAACAAUGGCGGCUACUUUGAUUUGGAGAACAACACGAUGAGGGCCGUUAAUGGCGUUUAUGUUUUUGGGGAAACCACCGUGAGCUCUGCGGGGCUGCUGAGAGUGGCGGACAGCACCUUUGUUGACAUCGCACUGAUUUUUGAAUCUGCGCUGGUGCAUUUUGACGGCUCGGUGACACUCGAGGGUGGUGCGCAGUGGCGUGUGGAGGGCAACGACGUGAGGGCAGCCUCAGUAAUAGGCGUGCCAAAAUCCUUGCACAAAAUCAGGCUGUCGGACAGCGGCACUACCGUGGCGGUCACACACAACCGUCAGGUGGACUCCAGAUUGCCCUUUUUUAAUUUUUUUCCAUCGAUCAUUUUUGUAACGUCACCCGCGCGGUUUGUGGUUUGGUGCAACCUGCAGGGCGAUGAGGAGGUGUUGUAUGACGGUGUGUUUCCGGAGGACGUGGUGGUGUUCAGGUGCGGCGCAUGCAACGAUGACGCGGCGUGCUACAUGCCCGGGACGGAGUCGGUGGACCGCAGCUUGUGCUCGUGCAGCUGCAAGGGCGGAUGGCAUGGCGCGUCGUGUCUUCCCUUCGAGGUGCCCGACACGUUUGUGCCGCCCUUGCCGGAGAGAGCCGUCGACGGCGACACGAGCUGCGUGGUGAACCAGACGCUGACGAACCUCACGCUGAACAUGUGGAAGACGCACCACUGCUACGUGGGUGUGACAUUCAGCGGCGUGGGUGCUGCGCUGACGUUCUUCCUUAAAAGUAUGCCGCUGCAUCUCCCCAUCAACAUCACGCUCACCGGGUGCACAUUCCACGAGGGUGCCGCGCUGGAGUUUUUUGGGGGUGCUGAGGCGGCCGAGUCAGCCGGCGUCCUGAUCCGCGUGAGCCAGACGGUGAUGCGGUCCUCUGUAGUUGUGUUUGCAUUCGCCCUCCCGCAGCGCUGCGACAUCGCCAUCACGGAGGUUGACGCAGUGCAGUCUUCCGCAGUCCAGCUGCUUGACACUGUGAACAAAAGGUUGAGCGUAGUGACGCUGGACAACGUCGAGUUGACUGCGUCCUCGCUGUUGGUCGGCAACGUCAAUGCGCAUGCAUCGAAGUAUGGUGGGUUCGGUUU